UGAGGGCCAAAGCCUAUAUAUCCAGAAAAUUCAGGGUCACUUCACCACCAAGACAUAUGUGGAAAGGCAUUAAGUGCAACAGACUACAAUAUCAGGGGUGCACAAUGCCCAAAGGACCUCUCACUGCCAGAUGCACUUAUUAAGUUCUACACCCGCUUUGAGGAUCCUAACCCCCCCAGCACCAAACUUCUACAACCAUUUGGUGACAUGUCCUACUGUGUGACCACAGCAGAUGUGAGGAUGACCCUUCAGGGAAUCAACACCCAUAAGGCCCCGAUAACAUCCCUGUGCGGGUACUGAGGUGCUGUGCAUAUCACCUGUCUGAGGUGUUGGCAGACAUCUUCAACACAUCACUGCCACUGCCACCUGUCCUCUCCUGUCUAAAGGCCACCACUAUUUUCUCUGUAUUUUCCAGCAUGUCACAGGCCUAAAUGACUACCAAACUAUAGCCCAAACAUCUGUAGUCAUGAAGUGCUUCUUCUAGGCUAGUCGAUGCCCCCAUCAAGGACUCCAUCGAUGUCACUUUGGACCCUCAUCAGUACGGCUACAGGAAGAACCGCUACACUGCUGACACCAUCUCAUCUGUAGUCCCCACAGCCCUCACCCACCUGGAGAGCAGAAAUUCUGUCAUUCGUCUGGUCUUUCUGGAUUUCUCCUCAGCUUUCAACACCUUCAUCCCACAGACCCUGGUGCAGAAGCUUUUCUCUCUUGGACUGAGUCCCACACUGGGGAACAGAACACUGAACUUCCAGACCUCAUACUGUCUACUUUUCACAACACCGUCUCCUCCCCAUCACUCUCAGCACUAGCUCGCCGCAGGGCUGCAUCCUGAGCCCCCUUCUCUUCAAUCUGCUGACGUAUGACUGCUUGGCAAGACACCCCAGCUGUCAUAUAGUAAAGUUUGCAGACGACACAGCAGUAGUGGGACACAUUACGAACAAUGAGUCUAAAUACAGAGAGGAGGUGGUACAUCUGGUACAGUGAUGCAGAGACAAUAACCUCUGCAUCAACUUGAAGAAGACCAAUGGGAUGGACAAGGAUCCUCUUCAUCCCCUGUACUUUGGAGGAGCAGCUGCGGAGAUGGUCCAUAUAUAAGAUGGGACUACCCGCUCUGGAGUUUAGUGACUGCUACCUGGACAGCCCGCAGUUCAGGGACAGGCUCAAGUCCCACGAACUGGAGCUGGACAAAACCAACAAGUUCAUCAAGGAGCUGAUUAAAGACGGCAAAGCGCUGAUCCAGGCUCUGAAAUGUUUGUCAACAGCAAAGAGGAAGUUUGCAGACUCUCUCAACGACUUCAAAUUCCAGUGUAUUGGUGAUGCUGAAACAGAUGACGAGAUAUGCAUUGCCAAGUCACUUCAGGAGUUUGCAGCUGUCCUACAAAACCUGGAGGAUGAAAGGACAAGGAUGAUCGAAAACGCCAACGAUGUGUUGAUUAUUCCACUGGAGAGGUUUAGGAAAGAACAAAUCAGUGCAGCCAAGGAAGCCAAGAAGAAAUAUGACAAAGAGACAGAGAAAUAUUGUGGAGUGCUAGAGAAGCAUUUGAGCCUUUCAGCAAAGAAAAAAGAGUCCCAUCUACAUGAAGCGGAUAACCAGGUGGAUCACGUGAGGCAGCAUUUCUACGAAGUUUCUCUGGAGUAUGUCUUUAAGGUGCAAGAGGUCCAAGAGAGGAAGAUGUUUGACUUUGUGGAGCCUCUGCUGGCAUUUCUUCAAGGCCUGUUCACCUACUAUCAUCAUGGCUAUGAGUUAGCAAAGGACUUCAACCACUUCAAAACUGAUCUCACUAUCAGCAUACAGAACACAAGGAACCGUUUUGAGAGCACAAGGUCUGAGGUUGAGAGUCUGAUGAGGAAGAUGAAGGAGAACCCUCAUGAGCACAAGAGUGUCAGCCAGCACACCAUGGAGGGCUACUUGUUCGUGCUGGAGAAGCGUCCCUUUGUUUCUACGUGGGUGAAGUACUACUGCACUUACCACCGUGAGCCCAAGAAGUUCGCCAUGGUUGUGUUUGACCCCAAAUCAGGGGGCAAAAUGGGUGAGGAGGAGAGUUUCAUCCUGAAGUCGUGCACCAGGAGGAAGACGGAGUCCAUAGAAAAGAGGUUCUGUUUUGAUGUUGAGGCCAUGGACAGACAAGGCAUAAUCACCAUGCAGGCUCUGUCAGAGGAGGAUCGCAGGUUGUGGAUGGAGGCUAUGGAUGGUAGAGAACCGGUGUACAAUCUCAACAAAGACAGCCAAACUGAAGGCAUGGCCCAGCUGGAUGUUACUGGGUUCAAUGUCAUGAAAAAAUUCAUCUACGCUGUGGAAACUCGAGGUAUUGAUGAGCAGGGUCUGUACAGAAUCGUAAGCUCCAAAGUACAAAAACUACUGAGCCUGACUAUAGAUCCUAAGACGUGUGCUGACGUGGAGCUGGACAACCCAGAGUGGGAGAUUAAAACAAUAACGAGUGCCAUCAAACAUUAUCUGAGGAUGCUUCCUGCUCCUCUCAUGACGUACCAGUACCAGAGGAGUUUCAUCAAAGCCGCCAAGAUGGACAACCCAGAGGCCAGAGUGACAGAGAUUCAUGCUCUUGUUCACCGAUUACCUGAGAAGAACAGACAAAUGUUGGAGCUGCUGAUGAAACACCUGUCCAACGUGGCCAGUCACCACCAGCAGAACCUGAUGACUGUCGCCAACCUGGGCGUGGUCUUUGGACCCACUCUGCUGCGCCCGCAGGAGGAGACGGUCGCAGCCAUCAUGGACAUCAAGUUCCAAAACAUUGUGGUGGAAAUCCUCAUAGAGCACCAUGAGAGGAUAUUUGGGGACGUGCCCAAUUCGACGGGCAAUUCAACAAGCAUGCAGCUCGACCAGUCAAGGAGGAGAAGCACUGAGAGCAAAGCACCGUCCUGCAGUGAAAGGCCUCUCACGCUAUUCCACACACCGACACAUUCUCAGACAGGUGAAAAGAGGAACAGUGUUGGCAACACCCCAGCUGCUGACAUGCAACACCCAGUGUCUUCCUCUACAAACUGUAACAACAGCAGCAGCAGCAGCAGUAGCAGCACUGGCAGCCACAAUAAAACCCCCAGACACAGCCUGACCAGCAACGAUGGAGAGCAGGAUGGACGACAAAUCCGACCCAGCUCACUACUGAACCCAAAGAGUCGAGGCAGUAUACCCACAAGUGCAAUAUCUCCGAGCCCCACCUCGCCCCGUUCUCCCUCCUGGCCGAUGUUCUCAGCACCUUCAAGUCCACAGCCGAUCUCAUCCGCUUCCAGUGACUCUUCCCCAGUCAGUAUCACAGGCAGGAAGGCCCGAGCGCUGUACGCUUGCAAGGCAGAGCACGACUCAGAGCUGUCCUUCAUCGCCGGGACCGUCUUUGAGAAUGGUGAGUCAGACGCUGGAGCUGGCAGCAGUGAAGGAGAAAGACAGGAUGUGUGUUGGCGUUAUAGAAGUUAAUUUGUUGUGAAAACA